GCGAUCGGGGAGGAUUACAAGGAGCGGGAGCGGGGGGCACCCCUCCUUUCUCUUCCCUCCCCUCUCUCCUGCCCCUCUUCGCAGCUGGCCGCAGCUGGCCUAGGAGCCCCCGAUUAAGGAGGAGGGGACAGUGCUCACAAGUCUGGGCAGGUGUCACGAAAUAUGAGGGGCAGGGGCCACCCCUCUCUGCUGCUGCUAUACCUGGGGUUGACCACUUGCCUGGAUACCUCGUCCAGUGGGGAGCAAGACCAAAAAGUCUUCGUGGACUCCCCAGAGGCACAGAGCUUCCUGGGUAGCCAUAGACGAGUUCCUCGAGCCAAUCACUGGGAUCUGGAGCUGUUCGUGCCCGGGAACCUGGAACGGGAGUGCUACGAGGAGAAGUGUUCCUGGGAAGAGGCACGGGAGUACUUUGAGGACAAUACUCGGACGGAGCGCUUUUGGGAGUCGUACAUCUACAAUGGCAAAGCAGGGCGUGGACGCGUGGACGUAGCAGGCCUGGUUGUGGGGCUGACGUCCGGUAUCCUGCUCAUUGUGCUGGCCGGCCUGGGAGCCUUUUGGUAUCUACAUUGGCAACGGGGCCGAGGCCAGCCGCCCAGCCCUCAAGAGGCCGAGCUCAUCAACCCUCUCAGUCCCCUGAGCUCUCCGGGCCCGCCAACGCCUAUGCCGCCACCCCAACCCCCAGGUCUCCCCACCUACGAACAGGCUUUAGCGGCCUCUGGGGUGCACGACGCACCUCCACCCCCCUAUUCCAGCCUCCUGAGGCCUCGCUGAAGAGCUGCUUCGGAGCCGGGGUUCCCCGAACUGUGCCCCAGAUUCACACCGGAUUCCGGAAGCCCUCAAGCCUCUUAAACUGCGGAGCUGAGCUUGGAGGGGGGUAGGGUGGGAGUAGGGGUCGUCCAGCCCGAGGCCUACCCUGGCACACGUGUUUCCGCCGCUUACGGAUACACGCACGUCCCCGACGAAAAUGUACCCGCGUUCCGGCACCUCGCGGGUCCCCAAGCUCUCUUGACCUUGGGGGUACCGGACAGCCCCGCCCCCUUGGGGGUAGGCUUGCGGUGGAAACUGACCCAGGCGCGCAGGCCAGGUGUGCAGUCUAGCGUGUGAGGUUUAACGCGGUCAUCUCUGGCGAGUGCCACGGGCCACACACGCGCAGAGCCCCGCCCGGGCACACGCACAUCUUCGUGCGCUCUCCAUGCGCCUACAGGGGCGCUUUGCAACCCAGGGAAAGGGUGGGGGGCCAUAUGUGCAACCGUGCUCGUUGGGGACAGGCUCGCAUUGCACCCGGGGGAUUGAAACUCAGCUCUUCCCCUACAUAAAAACCCUUUGGAAAAGAAACCAUAAAAAGUGAAACAAUGCAAAAAAUAAACAACCGUGAUCCUAGGCGCGUCUGCGCGUAGUGGAGCUGGAUUUCUCUACAAACAUUGCGCCCUACA